AUGCUGCCCACCAUUUCCUUAUCUAUCUUCAUAAUCACCAUCCCCAUAGUCUCCCUGACACUCUCCACGCCCCUGCUCCAAAGCGAGCCCUACGAGUCAAAACGCCUCACCUGCUACGACAAAGCGCCGUCACUUCAUCCCAACCCACUUACACCCAAGGACUGCGAUGCUGCAAUAUCUAAAUUCUCUGUCUCAACCCUCGUCGAUUACAUCCGCUUAAUCAGUCAUCCUGUCGUCCAGCCAAACGAGGUGCAAAGCCCCUAUACCACAUUUGCCGGAGAUUGUCUUUUCACGCUCUCAUUGAUGCCGGGGGUACCAGAGGUGCAGAAGCUACCAAAGACGAUUGUGGAGUUUGGCGCUUUCGCUACUAUUGGGGAUUGCAUUGGGAAGGAAGACAAGGAUGGGGGCCAAUUUCUUGUAGAAGUUGGGGGCGCUGGAGACGUUGGGAAGGCUUUUGUGAGUUUGACACAUGUGAGUGCGUCUGAGGGGCAAGGGAACCAGACAGUGGUAUCAAGUGAAAGUGUGGCUAGUUUCUAG